GGGUGCGGCGGCGUGGGCGGCGGCGGCGAGACGUACGCGUCGCCCCUGGGCGAGCCGCUGCGCGCGACGCCGGGCGAGGCGCUGCCGUCGGCCGGCACGCCGCUGGGCGCGCACCACGAGCUGCAGCUGCUGCGCGAGCAACUGGAACAGCAGGCGCAGCAGACGCAGGCGGCCGCACGCACACAUCAGUUGCUCGUCCACAAUAAAGAGCUAUUAGAUCAUAUUGCAGUGCUUGUAGCACACUUACAAGAGCAAGAAAGACAUCUUGCUGCUGCGCAAGCUACAAAUCAACAUCAACAUCAACAACAACAGCAUCAGCAACAGAGGCUAAUUCAGCAGUCUCUGACUCAUCAAACUCCUCAUGUAGUGACAAGCGUUCCACAAACUACUGACAAGGGUACCACUACAGCUGCCACCUGGGCUUUGGUUGCUGUUACAGGUCUUUCCUAA